ACCGAGGUUUCGUAACCGGUAGUGGGGUUAUUGUAGUCGAGUUCCGACAAGAACAGGAUGCGCCAAUAGACAAUAGUGCUAUCUCCAAUCGUCUGGGCGCUUUGUUAUCAUCUCGAGCGCCACAAAGGCCAACUUCUAUUCCCAACUACUCUAUUCAUUCAUCGCGUUGGCUCGAUAGCCAACACCACCCUUCUUCAUGAUGGGCGCUUGCAUGAGUUCGAAUAAGGAGGAGGAGGAGCAAAAAAAGCGAAGUCAAGCUAUCGAUCGCGCACUUGACGAGGAUUCUAAGAGACUGCGGAGAGAAUGCAAGAUCCUUUUACUGGGGUCCGGAGAGAGCGGGAAGUCGACAAUUGUCAAGCAGAUGAAGAUCAUUCAUCUGAAAGGAUACUCCGAAGAUGAGCUUUACAAUUAUCGCGCAACAGUCUUCAAGAACCUGAUCGAAUGCGCCAAAGCCAUCAUAAUCGCGAUGGACCAAUUCGAUAUCGAGGCGAGCAGUCAGGAAAAUAAAGAAUAUUGUGAAUAUCUGCUAGGGUACACCGUCGAAUCAGGUCCUUCAGCGCAUAUCGAACAGAAAGUAGCUACGGCCGUACACGCCUUAUGGCACGAUCCUUGCAUUGAGCGGCUCAUGCAACACUCCACCGAAUUCUACUUGAUGGAUUCCGCUGAAUAUUUCUUCGACGAGGUGGCGCGAAUAUGCGCUCCAGAUUACAUGCCGAACGAGAUGGAUGUUCUCCGCGCGCGAACGAAGACUACGGGUAUCUACGAGACGCGAUUUCAGAUGGGGGCUCUCAGUAUUCACAUGUUUGACGUCGGUGGGCAACGAAGCGAGAGGAAGAAAUGGAUUCAUUGCUUCGAAAAUGUUACCUCCAUCAUAUUCUGCGUGGCGUUGAGCGAGUAUGAUCAGGUGCUACUCGAAGAAAGCAGCCAGAAUCGAAUGAUGGAGAGUUUGUUACUGUUCGACUCAGUUGUCAACUCGAGAUGGUUCAUGAGGACGAGCAUAAUAUUGUUCCUGAACAAAGUUGACAUAUUCAAAGUCAAACUUCCCAGGUCACCGCUGGGCAAUUACUUCCCAGAUUACUCUGGUGGCAACGACGUCAACAAGGCUGCGAAGUAUCUACUCUGGAGAUUCAACCAGGUCAACAGAGCUCAUCUUAAUUUAUACCCACAUUUGACCCAAGCAACAGACACUUCCAACAUCCGCUUGGUUUUUGCGGCUGUGAAGGAAACGAUACUCAACAAUGCGCUUAAGGAUUCUGGUAUCUUGUGAUUUCGUCUCUUCUAACGUUUAUGGCCUAUCGAGGCUUUAUCUCGUCUUAUGCGAAGGCGGGGUCCACAAAAGCAUUGGCAAGGAGUUUUGGGCAGGGAACCUGAUACAAAUUUUUUUUCUUUGGCUUCUUACGGUAUCGCAAGGCGUCAUGGACACGACGAUAUUCGCAGACGCCUUUAAUAUGUUCCGAGGCAUAUGAAAAUGAGGCACGGAACGGUGACAGAAAAUUACAACUUGCCACAUAUGAAUUUGGGCGAGAGAGACGGUUUAAUGUGUUUCGUUCCUACUUAGAAGGUUAUUGCCCGACGCCGGAGAGAGAGAAGGGAGAGAGCCGCCCUACGACAUAUAGCAAUUCGAUAUGGAAUUGAUGGGGGAAGCAGCAAGAGGACAGCGCUGGGUAUAUUGGCGGCGACGCGUUUAUUGAGUGUAACGGGUCCCUGGCCAAGUAGGUAGCUCGUAGCCGGACUCUGUAUCCUGCGAAACAGCUGCUACCACUAGGUUCCUCGAUUUGGGCCUAUUUAUCAUAGGUACCUCAUUCAUGAUGUAAGCCUACGAGCGAACUUCCUAGACGUCUAAGACGCGGGGGGUGUUGAAGAUAAUAAAGAUCAUGAAUAAGUAAUGCAUUUUAAAUUUUUCUCGUGUGUGUGC